AUGAAGAAAGUGAUAUGUCGAUGCAGGUGGUGGUCGCUGGUUGAUGUACAAUCCUCUGGAUUCGGCGGGGAUACUAUCACCACUAACAGAGGCAAAGAUGGAGCAAUCAUCGUGGCCGGAGAGUGGAGGGAGACGACUCACGGAGUGUUGAACGCUGUAAGUUGGGGAGUAAUGAUGCCAAUGGGAGCCAUGGCUGCGAGAUAUCUGAAAGUCUUCAAGUCGGCUAACCCAGCCUGGUUCUACAUCCACGUCACCUGCCAGGCUUCCGCCUAUGUCGUCGGAGUAGCCGGAUGGGUCACCGGACUGAAACUCGGCAGCGACUCCGCGUUUGCUCUGCUUUUGAGGCCAAAACCAGAGAACAAAUACAGAUUUUACUGGAACAUCUACCACCACGCCACCGGAUACACCGCCAUUGGUCGUCGCUACAACCUAUUAGCGGGUCACCGUCCACCAUUUCGUUCGAUUCUUAGCAAACCACAACGAUCGGAUGGGAUCAACAAAAGUUGGCUUCUCCUCAAAUUACAACAUCAAACAAUCUCCUCUCCAAUCUGUAUCUUUCUAUUCUCUAUUCUUAUGCCGUUGGUACUUUUUAAUCACCGGUUGCUAUCAAUACUCAAUCUGUUAAGUGCUGAGUUGAUGCGUAAAAUGGAUGGCUUUGUGUUGCCACCUACCGAGUCAACUGAAAUCUUGAAAGAUAAUGAACUUUUCUGUAUAAAAAAGAAAGAUGGGGCAAUACCUGAUGCAGAAAAUUUGGUUGAUGAAGUGGAAGCUGAUGAAGAACAGUCGCAAGAUGAAGAACCAGUUUCUAAGAAAAGAAAAGCCUCCAUUAAACUUCAGAACUCGAAGAAUAUUAUCAUUCUCUCGAUUGGAUUCAUGUUAGAUUUUCAUUUUGCAGUCAAGAUUGUAGUUGGUGGCUUAGUGCUUAAAGAUGUUGGCCAGUUGAUUAAUCUUACACUUACCCAUGCUAAAAAUCGUCAACCUUUAUCCGGAUCCACAACAUUUAACCGAAUUGAGCUUCCAACAAACAAAGAUCCAUUAAAUGCAUUGUACGUUGGUUCACAUGGGCUUUACACUUCAGAACUGAUUCAAUUAAGGCGUAAAUUUGGUCGGUGGAAAGAAGAAGGCAGCAUGAAAGAGCUUUCAAAUCUUUAG